GUGACAUUCAUGAUUUCGAAGAAUACAGAUAGUCAUGGCAUUAGCCUAAAACGACUUCAUUGUUCGAGGCUGUAUAGUUAUGUAUCAUCAACUGUUCCGCGAGGUCAAUGCACCAUACCCUUUUGAUGUACCGUAGAAGCAGUGCCUUUAUCCGUACACCGGCCAUGUUCAGUGACAGCGGUAUAACCUACGCCUCGAAUACAAAGUAUAUAAACACAAGCUCCCCCCUGAAACCUUUGUAGCAAGGAACUUCUUCCAACCACAGCCAUCAACUACCAGCAAGACUACUACUAACAUACCAUCUCCUAGCUAACAGUGACCAACCUCUCAAUAUGUCUCACCCCGGAGAUCCUGUCACAGCGACCUACUAUCCCGAGCUUGCGAAUAUUAUCAACAAUGAUCCCACGGCUAUCGAGCGCCUAGAGCUCGACUGCCUUAUGUGUAAGGACAAGAUGACCAACCCAGAAGACAGGACUUGUGGUGCUUUCAUCCUUCCUUGCGGCCAUAUGUUCUGUCCCUCUUGUGUCAAAAAUCUUAGAACGCAUAACCAAACCAAGCGUAACCCACACAGAUGUCCUGUCUGUCGCUUUGAUCUUAGACGCAAAAUCUGCGGAUGUCCGAUCGAUAACGGUACAUUGUUCAAGCCUACACAGCAGCAAGAUGAGAACCUUUUGGCUAAUCUACAGGAGGAAGUCUCCAGCCUCAGAGGCUGUUGCGUCACGUGUCAUCUGAAUACUUUAAUCCGCGGUUUAAGACAAAUCGCUCUCUACCUACAUGAUCCCUCACAGAUGAUCAAGGACGGACAUUUUCUGAGAAUCUCCGUUGAGAAACGUGACACGAAGCUUCGAUUUGAAACUGAUUAUAAAAAUGAAGAGGUCAAACGGUUGCCAGUAUCGUCGGAUCUUCUGGAACUUUUUGCAAUGGCGGGAAACAGCUUCUACGCGGCAAACAACGGGUCCCCUGUCCCAGAUGGAUCGUCCGUGUACAAGUUUGAACUGACUCUUUGCAAGCGAUGUCCUGAGAACCAGAGGGACCGCUAUCGGUAUCGACGAAGAGAAAUGGAGUACGUGGAGAAGAAGCUACAGGCUCCAGGAUGUGACAGACUUGCACUGGCUCGUGAGGUGGCGGUCAAGGUGGCCAAGUCGUUUACUAGUGAUGAAGCCUUCAAGGAGCAUAUGGCCGAGACUAAAAAACUACGGUUUGAGGAACUUGCUUUGGUCGAAGCUGUAGAGCUGAACGAGCAUCACCAGGAUCACGAGAGUUCUAGACUCUACGCCUUGGCUGCUAUCCCAGUUGCUGUUGGGCUUUUGGCUGGUGGAAUUCAAUUAGGUACCAAGAAAUGGGGUCUUUGA